AUGAUGCGUCAGGAUAGAAGGAAUUUGUUGGAAAGGAAUAUACUCGUGUUUUCCAAUAAACUUCAAUCCGAACAAAUCCUUGAAGUACUUAUUGCCAAGCAAAUUCUCAACGCUGAUAACGGCGAUGUGAUAAAUUCUUGCCGAACGGAGCGUGACAAGCGGAAAGAGAUUGUCAAAGCGGUUCAAAGACGCGGAGAUGUUGCGUUCGACGCAUUUUAUGACGCUCUACGCGAUACAGGGCACCAUGAACUUGCUGCUGUUCUCGAACCACUUGCCAGAACAAUUGACUUCAUCACUCCUAGGGACUUGGAAUGCCCGAUGUCUCCAGCAAGCCAUCGCAGAAGUCGAGCAUUAAGUCCAUCAACGUUUUCAUCACCCACUCGUGUUCAUCGCGAUAGUGUCUCUUCUGUAUCAUCAUUCACAUCUACAUAUCAGGAUGUCUACACUCGAGCACGAUCAACUUCACGAUCGUCUCGACCUCUUCAUACAUCUGAUCGUCAAAAUUAUGUAUCUCCGAGCAAUUCGUUUCAAAGCCAGCCUUCUUCUGCCAACUCGUCUUUCACUGGAUGCUCGUCGCUUGGAUACAGUUCAAGUCGGACACGCUCUUAUAGUAAAGCAUCAGCGCAUUCGCAAUAUAUUUUUCACGAAGAAGAUAUGAAUUACGUCGAUGCACCCACCAUACAUCGUGUCUUUGAUGAAAAAACGAUGUAUCGCAAUUUCUCGACUCCUCGUGGGUUGUGCCUUAUUAUUAAUAACGAACACUUCGAGCAGAUGCCAACACGAAAUGGUACGAAGGCGGACAAGGACAACAUUUCAAAUCUAUUCAGAUGUAUGGGUUAUAUCGUUCAUUGCAAAGACAAUUUAACUGGAAGGGCAAUGAUGUUGACUAUUCGAGACUUUGCGAAAAAUGAAACACAUGGAGAUUCUGCAAUUCUGGUUAUACUAUCGCAUGGAGAAGAAAAUGUAAUUAUAGGCGUUGACGACGUUUCUGUCAAUGUUCACGAGAUAUAUGACCUUCUGAACGCCGCAAACGCUCCUCGUUUAGCCAAUAAACCAAAAUUGGUUUUCGUGCAAGCUUGUCGAGGCGAGCGCCGUGAUAAUGGCUUUCCAGUCUUGGACUCUGUUGAUGGUGUACCCGCUCUAAUACGCCCACGGGGAUGGGACAAGGGAGAUGGACCACUUUUCAAUUUUCUUGGAUGUGUAAGGCCGCAAGCUCAGCAAGUAUGGAGGAAGAAACCAAGUCAAGCAGAUAUACUGAUUGCGUACGCCACAACAGCCCAAUACGUAUCGUGGAGAAAUAGUGCACGUGGUUCAUGGUUCAUUCAGGCUGUCUGCGAAGUUUUUUCUCUCCAUGCAAAAGAUAUGGAUGUUGUUGAGCUCCUCACAGAGGUCAACAAAAAGGUUGCCUGUGGUUUCCAGACGUCACAAGGAGCAAACAUAUUGAAACAAAUGCCAGAGUUAACAUCCCGCCUUCUCAAGAAGUUCUACUUUUGGCCAGAAGACCGAAAUCGGAGUUCUGCAGUCUGA